UUUUUAUAUUAUUCAAUAUUAUUAUAGGUCGAUUUUAUUGAUUUGAAGUUUAUAUUUACAAAGUGUUUUUGACUGUUUUCCCACAUAUAAGUAGUAAAUCAAAGUUAAAUCUUUUUUACUUAUAAAUUUUAUCAUAAUUACAAGGUAAACAAAUGGAAGAGAACAUAAAAAUCUGCUGUAGAAUAUGUUUGGAUGUUGAGUCGAAACAUGUAUCCAUUUUUGAAGAUCCCGCUGUUCUUUUACAUAUAAAAUCAUGCUUAUCAAUAAAUGUAAGUUCCAACGAUGACCUCCCUACAGAUAUUUGCGUAGUUUGCGUAUCGCAGUUAUGCGACUUUUACAAUUUCCAACAAAAUGCUCGCUGUUCACAAGACUGGCUGGAAUCAUCGCAGUCAAAAUCAAAGAAAUCGUCUGAAACAAAGACUUAUGUACAACCGUUACCUGAUUCUGAAUACAAUUCGGACUCGCUCCUGGAAUUUCUAAAUAAUACAGCAAAUAUAGAGGAAUAUCUGAACAAUUUAGGUAAAGAAGAUAUACCUUCGAUAGUAAGUUUGCUUGAUAAAACGAGCGAACAUAACAUAGAGUUUACAAAAUCAAUUAAUAAAGUUAGUAAACAACCUAGUCCUAAGAAGAAGGAAUCACCGAAAACAAAGAAAUGUAUUAAAAUGGAUAUAGAUGUCUUAGAUUCCGAUGUUGAGUUAGUAAAAGGAAUACUGUUUAAAGAGACAGAGCCCAAAACUAAAAGUAAUCUUGUAAAAUAUGAUAAGACAACAUGUUUUGGUUGUAAAACGAAAUUUGAUGAUAUACAAAAAUUAUCACAACAUUUAAGUAUCUGUGAGAUUGCAUUUAGAACAUGCAUAUAUUGUAAUACUCUAUUUGAUUCUAAGAAAAAAAUGAAAAACCACUCAAUCAUUCAUGGAAUAUUAACACAAAUGAGUUGCUUCUGUGGUAAACAGUUCACAAGCAAAGAAUUACUUUUAAAACACUAUAAUAGUUGUAGAGUGGACCAAGUGUCUAUGUUAGGGUUGUGUCAUCGCUGCAAACAGUGCGGAGUAAUAUUUAAAGAUAGAUUUGAACUAUACAAACAUGCAAAGCGACAUUUAAUUAAAUCGGCUGAAAAGAUUUGUGAUAUAUGCGGACAUACCUGUAUCGGUGCAGACGCAUUAACUAAACAUAAGAAAAAGGAACAUGAAAAACCUGACAACUUAUUAUAUAGAUGUAAGAUUUGCAAUGAAAUAUCAAAGAAUCAUAAAGAAAUGUACAUCCAUGUACAAAAUCACACCACAAAGCAGGCUGUUGGUGGUCACUUGUGCGAGUCCUGUGGUCACAGUUUCGCGACAAAAGCCACGUUAUUACGUCACUCUUUGCUGCAUAUGGCACAAAAUGAUCAUGAAUGCUCAUUCUGCUCUAAAAAGUUUUCAAAUGCUAAAACUAAAUAUGAACAUCAGUUAAAACAUUGUGAAAUUACUAUGUGCGAUAGAUGUGGUCAUAAAUUUGAUAAAAAUAAAUUAGAGUGUCAUAUGUGUGUUUAAUAAAAUGUGUAAAUAAUGUUUUAAA